AUGUUUUCAAUCGAUUCAAACAAUAUACGAAAUAGAACAAUCAACAGUGUUCUAGAAUCUUUAGAAUUUUAUCGUUUUAACCCUGAAAUCACCUUUAUGUUAGUAGGAGAUUAUUAUCCAUUUAUGGUAAAGGACCAUGUAUUAAAUAUUUUAACCGAUCCACUUGGAAAUUAUACAUUAGUUGAACUGUGUAUACAAAAUGUUGGGGACCAAAAGUAUUGUAGCAGUGCAUGUUAUCAUCAUGAAAGAUCUAGUGGUAAUACGUUUCGAACUUACAAUCCUUUAUACCAGUUUGUUCGAUUUAAAGAUAUACAAGCGUUUAAAGAUUAUUGUUAUUAUACACGAUGUAUAUUAUGUGGACGGUUCUUAACUAAAGGCGUUGAUUUACAAAGUAAUCCGUUCCCUACUAGUAUUGACUCCGUACCUGUACCCGUAACAUAUUCAGAAUUUUUUGUUUUAGAUAGAAUGAGAAAUAUAUCUCAUAAAUAA